CACACUCCAUGACACUAACUGACGGGUCCAAAAAGUCCCCUGGAGCUAGACAUCUGUUUGUUUUUGCUUUGUAAGCUCCCACAUUGACGACAUUAUUUUUAUUUUUUUAUUUUUUUGUAAUUUUUUAUUUUUUUUUAAUAGUUAAGUCAUUUUGCUUUGGAAUUCGAUAUUUUUAACUGCAUUUUUUUUUCUUAAAUCGUGGAUACCACUACAAACAUUCAUAUCGGACUACUCUCGCAGUCUGCUAUCGUUCAGUAGCAGACAAGAAGAUCCAAAAUGGCUCGUGUUUUAUUAACGUGUUUUUUAAUUUUGUUACCAGCGCAUCUGGUGGAAUCAUCCGGUGUGUUUGAGUUGAAAGUGCACUCUUUUACAAGCACAAGCAGUGUGUGUACACGGUCCAGCGACUGCCAGAUCUUUUUCCGUGUUUGCCUGAAGCACUCACACGACAUCAUAUUACCAGAGCCGCCGUGCACUUACGGCACUGGAAUGACAGGAAUAUUCAGCGCAGACUCCAUCUCCAGCAAUGCGCAUAUCCGCGUGCCUUUUAAUUUCAAGUGGCAGGGAACCGUCUCGUUGAUAAUAGAAGCCUGGAACGCAGAGUCCUCUGACCGGUCAACAGAGAACAUCAACAAUAUGAUCAGCCGUUUGGCCACCAAAAGAAGACUCGCCAUCGGCGAGGACUGGUCCCAGUACGUGCAUGUCGGAGAGCAAAGCCAACUGCGCUUUUCUUAUCGUGUUGUGUGCGAUGAAUUCUACCACGGCGAGGAAUGCUCGGAUUUCUGCCGCCCACGGAACGACGCAUUCGGCCACUUCAACUGUGACGCCGCUGGCAACAGAAUUUGCCUGCCUGGAUGGGAAGGCGACUAUUGCGCGGAACCCAUCUGCUUGUCUGGCUGUAGCGAGGAGCACGGUUAUUGUGAGGCCCCUGGUGAGUGCAAGUGCCGCUUAGGGUGGCAGGGCCCCCUCUGUGACGAGUGCCAGCGAUACCCGGGGUGCUUGCAUGGCACCUGCAACCAGCCCUUUCAGUGCACUUGCAAGGAAGGCUGGGGAGGCCUGUUCUGCAACGAGGAUCUGAACUUCUGCACAAAUCACAAGCCCUGCAUGAACGACGCCACCUGUACCAACACCGGCCAGGGCAGCUACACCUGCAUCUGCAAGCCUGGCUUCAGUGGCAAAACCUGCGAGAUGGAGACCAACGAGUGCGACAGCAACCCAUGCAAGAACGGAGGCAGUUGCAGCGAUCUGGUGAAUGAUUACACCUGCACAUGCCCUAAAGGCUUCUACGGGAAGAACUGUGAGGUCAGCGCUAUGACCUGCGCCGAAGGACCCUGCUUCAAUGGAGGAACCUGCAUGGUGAAGGGAACCGGUGGAUACUCCUGCGUCUGCCCUGCUGGUUACAUGGGCUCUAACUGCGAGAAGAAAAACGACCGAUGCAGCAGCAACCCCUGUGCUAAUGGUGGCCAGUGUCUCGAUUUAGGCAACAGACUGACAUGCCGAUGCCAUCCCGGUUUCUCAGGCUCACGUUGCGAAAUCAACAUUGACGACUGUGCAAACAACCCUUGCCAAAAUGCUGGCACCUGCGUGGAUGGUAUCAACGGCUAUACCUGCACAUGCACGCUUGGUUUCUCAGGCAAAAACUGUGCCAUCCGCUCAGACGCCUGCAGCCUCAUGCCUUGCGAGAAUGGAGGGACCUGCUACACCCACUUCUCUGGGCCCGUCUGCCAUUGUCCACCGGGCUUCAUGGGCACACUUUGCGAGGAUAAAGACAAGCCACCUGUUUCCAGCCCUCCUAUUCCAGCGGCUUUGGUGGUCUCGUUCACUCUAGGCCUCAUCACUCUUACUCUAGUGGUCUGCGCCGCCAUUGUGGUCCUGAGACAGAUGCGACAAGGCCACAAACCAACCUCCACCAACGUGCGCAACGACUUGGAGUCUGUCAACAACCGCGUUUCUUUGACCCCGACUUCAACUUUAAGCCGAGAAAAGGAGGCCUUGCUUAUUCCUGGUGGUCUGUUUAAGGUGUCCAAUAAAGAUGUGGCACUCAGAUCCACCACUGUGGACAGUCAUUCCAGUGAAAAAUCAAAUUACAAGCAGAAGAUGGUGGACUACAAUAUGAGCAUUGACGAAAAACCGACAAACAACAAACUAGACAUGAAAAACUCGGACUCUACAUUACUGGUUCCACCAGUGAACUAUCCAAAAGAGGGAGUGUAUCAUCCUGUGUACAUCAUUCCUGAACACAUAGAACAAUGUGUAUUUGCUACUGAGGUUUAACAGUAUUCUGCACCUCAAUCACCAAUGGGCCUGACCCUAAAAUGUUUACAGUCUUAAUGGACAUAAGGAAGAGGUGAAGAGGGUAUAUAUAUUAUAUCUACAUUUAUUGUUUAUUUAUUCAUGCUGCUGAGUAAAAGGACUACUUCUUGAUAUGGACAAUGAUUUUGCGAAGACAAAGCAAGAGACUUAAAGACCAAAU